CGUCCUUGUGGGUGAGAGGAGACACGCUAUCGCAGUUUCAGAGCGCAGCUCGUUCACAUGCUGUGCUCAGUUUAAUCAACAACUAUUCGUGUUCAAGACGAUCGCUGAUAGUUCUGUAAAGAUAACAGCAGACUGCGAGGUUUUCAGUAUAGACAGUCUUCCCCAGAGCAUAAGAAAAGCCGCUGUGUUUGUAUUAAUGGAAGAGGCGAGAGUGAGACGCGUCUGUGAAAUGAAAGAAGAGAUGGAUAUCUGCGCAUCCUCCGCGUCUCUCCUUGAGGAAGAACUCGCCUCUGCUAUCGAGCCUGCAGUGAAAGCGGCUGUGCUGAGCGUCAUGUCUGCGUUAGCAAAGUUCGUGGACAGUAAAUGUGCAGUUUUCAAUCUCAGACUGGACGAAAGAGACCAAGAAUUUGAAAGCGUGAGAUUGCGAUUGGAAAUAGCGGAGAGCGAGUUGAAAGCCGUAAGCGAACGAGAAUACACGAACACUGCCGAGAAAAACUUCACCCAAUCUCUCACAAACACUGAAACACAAUACCACGGGAGCGACAGUAUUAUUGCUCACGGGCUGCCGGCGCGGGAUUUCUCCACUCUUCCAGUUAAGACAGUCAGGGAUCCGGUCCACACCGCACUGAAAAGAUCCCGGGUUUUAAUCCAGGAGGAUGGAAGCUAUUCCGAGCAGGACCUGCUGAUGCGAGGUGAUGACUCUGAACAGAGAGACCACACAAGCACAGCGGGGUGGAGAAGAGCACUGAAAGGUCCUGCAGAGAGAAAUGCUCUCCCUCAUGCUGAGGAAGGGUCGAAGGCAGAAUCAGUUCCCAUUCAAGAGGAGCUCUUUGACCAGGAAUGGUGCAGGAGUCCAGAGCAGGCUACAGAGCUGACAUCUAUUGAAGGGGAGGAGGAGAAACCUGCACUAGAUCCUGUCCACAUUAAUGAAGAGAUCCCUGGAAUUGAACCGGUCAUCAUUAAAGAGGAGGUUCUUGAACUUGAAUCUGACCCCAUUGAAGAGGGGGGUUCUGACCACUUUGAAAGACGACAGCAAAUUCACACAGGAGAGAAACUGCAUCUCUGUACUGUAUGUGGGAAGAGUCUCUGUACAUCAACAGAGCUGAAAAGACACCACCGAAUUCACACAGGAGAAAGACCGUACUGCUGCACUGAAUGUGGAAAGAGUUUCAAUACUUCUACAGAUCUGAAAAGACACCAUCGCAUUCACACAGGAGAGAAGCCGUAUUCCUGCACUCAGUGUGGGAAGAGUUUCAAACAGUUACACCAUCUUAAAACACACCAGCUAAUUCACUAUCGAAAGAAACUGUUUCACUGUAGUGGGUGUGAGAAGAGUUUCACUCAGUUAGAAACCCUGACAUUACAUCAGCAAACUCACACAGGAGGGAAACCUUAUAGCUGCACUGAGUGUGAGAAGAGUUUCAAACAAGCAUCACAGCUUAAAGCCCACCAGCUAAUUCACCUGGGACAUAAACAGUAUCCUUGUUCUGACUGUGGGGAGAGUUUCAUUCUGUCUACAGACCUGGAAAGACACCAGCAAACCCACACAGAAGAGAAACCUUAUAGCUGCACUGAGUGUGAGAAGAGUUUCAGUCAAGCAUCGCAGCUUAAAGCCCACCAGCGAAUUCACACGGGCGAGAAACCGUAUCAUUGUGCUUACUGUGGGAAGAGUUUCUUUCUGUCUGGAGACCUGAAAAGACACCAGCAAACGCACACAGGAGAGAAACCAUAUAGCUGUGAUUUCUGUGGGAAGCGUUUCGCCCGCUCAGGAGGACUGACAGUACAUCAGCGAAUUCACACAGGAGAGAAGCCGUAUAGCUGUGAUCACUGUGGGAAGAGAUUCAAUCGGACCGAAAAACUGGUGUCACAUCUUCGGGUUCACACAGGGGAGCAGUCGACUCACUGCGCUCAAUAAGAGAGAUUUUAUUUUCCAGUUGUAAAAGCACACAGUAUCCAGACACUUCACUAAGAACAGUAGCACUGUACCUUCAUCACAAGAUGACUCAGCGGAGAGUAUAUAAGACCCUGAGAUGCAAUUGGACUUUUUGAUCCCUUUGUCAAACUGAUCUUGUCUUCUGAUCCCUGAUUGUCUGAGUUAUUAAAAUGUAAAUCCUGGGAAGGACUUGUCUGAUGUUUUGCAUGGAUGUAUAUUAUAGUUUCAUGAAUACAAGCUUCAUUUAAUUCAUACUUAGAGAGCCUGUCUGUCAGAUUCCUGUCACGCAACACUGCAGAGAUCAAUGUGUGUUAUAUUUAGUUUUCUUACAAAAGAAAGUAGUUUUAAUCUUCAAUGAAAGUGAAUCACAGCUGACAGCUAGAAUAAUUGAUCUAUGAACUUGAAUAAGGGGUGCUGAAUCUUAUCUUCCUUAAAGAACCGGUGAAUGGGUGUUAAAAUGAUUUUGUGCCGUGAUUCUAAUUAAAGGAUAUAUAUAUUUAACAAUUAGAAUUCACCGAAUUUAUAUGAAUUUAUUUACUCACUUAUCCUGCUUGCAUAUUCAUAUGAUUAUAUUAAGAAUAUAAUUGGCUCUUACAGGACAGAAGUUCACGUAUUGUUUUCACCUGUAAUUGACAUUUACACUGAACUGUUGCCUAACCAUUAUUGCUUGUGGCAUUAAUGUGCUGAUUUAUGAUAUUUUGGUAUUAACCUUCUUUUCUACUUCUGUACCAUAUUUUAUUUGCAAAAUUUGAUCAAAUGUAUAAGAGGUAUAACAGCAUUGCAUGUUUUGUUGUACAAUUGUUUCCUGGUGAUCUUGAGCUCGUUUGGGAGAAAUUUAACUGAGUUAAACCGUUACACACAUUCAUUAUUUUAAACACCCAUUGUCCACCACAGUCCUAUUUCCCUAUUUGUUUAGGAAUAUAUAGUGACUUAUGGUGAGGCUUCUAUGGCCCCUUGCUCACUAAAUAUCACAUUAUCCCUGAACAGAUCAUUACUAGCAAUGCAGAAUUGUGGUGAUGCUGAAAGAAAUCGUACAAGCAAUAAAUAAUGUUUUUUAAGCGUC